UACACCUCAUAUUGUUAAUAAUUAGAAUUUUAUAUUUAAUAAUAUUUAUAUCUUUAUAUAUAUAUGUGGUACAUCUCUACAUUUUCAAUAUAUUUUUUAUUUUAGAAGAUUGAGAAGAAAAUAAGGGAGCAUUUAAAAAGUGAUGAUGUUCUAACUUAUUUUUAAAAUAAUGCCAUUUUAAGUGACGAAGCAAGAGGAAUAUCAGUUGAAAUAUUGGCAACCGUAUGAUAAAAAUAAAUAUCAAGUAAGUUUAUUAUACAAUGAUACACACACAUAACAUAUACAUAUUUUAUAUUGCGAAUAUUUUUUUAAAUAACAUUUUUUUAAAUACAUUCUUUUAAAUACAAUUUUUAAUGUUGCAAAUAUCUUUCAUUUCCUUUUGUAGCCCUACUUUUGAAGAGUUUCAAAUCAUAUCUAAGGAAAUAUGCGAAUUAUUUCCAACUGAGAAUGAGGUAAAAUUUCUAUAUUUAGUUUAAAUUAAAAUUUAAUAAUUAACAUUAACACAAGUAAUAAAAUAAUGUUUAUUUUAGAAAAUAUAUUAUAGAAUACAUAUGUGUAUAAGCCUUUUGCAAAUGGUCUAAGUAAAAAAAAAUAUAGGAGAGUAAUUAGCUGAUAAAGUGAAGAACCUGAAAUCUAUGAUGAGGAAGUUCACUCACUUCAGCCAACUAUACAAACAUUUAAAUUCUUCGGACAAUAAUAAAAAUACAUGUGUCUAAUACGAUGCCGAGUACAUCUGAAGGUAUUUAAAUUUAUUGAUUAAGAUAAGGCUUAAUUAUUAAGAUAUUUUUAAUAGAAUAUUGGUAAACUAAUUUACCAAAUUAUAUUUAGUAAAUGAAGAUGAAGUGCAAGCAGCCAUUCCAUGGUUGAAAAUUAGUCGGGGACCAUGGAUUGACAUAUUAAGAAAUUCGGACAUAACUUAUAAUUUUCGAUAAAAAGCACUACUAGAUCGGAAAGGUAGAGGUGAUUAACCACUUUCCAACGGAUUAUUUUUCUCAAUGGAAAGUUUUAUCUUUGCCUCAAGAAUAUACUCUUGUAAGUUUAUUAAAUAUUUUAAUUUCAUUAUAGUCUAGUGCUCAAAUUCUCUAUUCUUUAGGAUAAUUUAUCAUAAAAAUAAAUAUUUUGAUUUUGUUAGUUGGAUCGUGAUUUUAAGAGAAAGUAUCCUAAUAAAGAUUUACCACUUCUUUGGAAAGAGAAAAAUUUAUUCCCAUUCUCAAACAACUAUUAAAAGCAGAAGUAAAAGAUUCUUAUGGAAAAUUUAAAAAAUUGGAGGAGCUAAAUGAGAGUAAGUAUUUUUCAAAAAAUUAAAAUAAAGUUAAAAUUAAUGAUUGGGAAAAACCUUUAUGUUUUAUGUAUUUACAAUAAAAUUUUUUUUGUUUAUUGUAGGAAAUUCUAUUGCUGUCAUUCUCCAAUUACUUCCACAUUUGGUGCCACCUCAGCAAUUACAGAAGCUUAAUUAUGGGAAAAGAGUAAAAGCUAAUCUAUCUGAGGCCAGAUAUGUUUUUGUGUUUCAUGUAACAGUGCCAGAAGAUAUAAACCUAGCGAUUCAACAAGGGCGUGCUGUAGCUUCCAAGCUCAAAAGUAAAGUUCAAUCUUUUGUUUUUCUUGUUGAGCCUACAGUAGAAAAAUACGAAACUUAUUACUUGAUAAUUGAUGAAGUCAAGUACCACGUCAACAAUGUAUUGAAAGCCUUUGAUCAAUGUUUUAACGCAAUACAAGUUCUAAAUACUGAAUAUUCUUAUGAACUCUUACGGAAAAAACCCUCUAAUUUUAAGAGUUUACACUCAAAAUUGAGUGUUAAUACUCGAUUUUGAGAGUUUACUCCCAAAUUCAGGUGUAUACGCUCAAAUCUUGAGUAUUUACACUAAAGAUUGAGUGUUUAUACUCGAACAUUGAGUGUGUAUACCCAAUGAGUGUUCAUACUAAAGUUUCGGUUUAAAUACUGAAUAUUUAAAAAUAUACUUUCAACACUUGGGUAUGACACUCAAUAAAUGAGUGUAUAUUUCCGACACAAAAUGUGAACACUAAAACGUUGGGGAUGUACAUUCAAUAUCUAUCGGUAGAAGGUAUACACUUAAUAUUGAGUGUGCACUCUCAAACAUUGGAUUAGGAAAUAUUGAAUAAAAACAAAAGCAAAAAAAGCAAGUUUA